GACGAGCAGCUCUGCGUGCAUCAUGAACGACGCCAGCGCAUCGUUCCGGCUGUGGAAGAGGGGUCAGAAGCUCGGCGAGGGGACCUUUGGCGAGGUGUACAUAGCGACGCACGAGCGGACCGGCGAGACGGCCGCGCUCAAAAAGAUCAAGCUCGAGUGCGAGGACGAGGGCGUGCCGGGCACCACGCUGCGCGAGGUCUCCCUGCUCAAGGAGCUGCAGCACCCGAAUGUCGUCCAGCUCAAGGACGUGUUCUACAUGCCCAACGACAACAAGCUGUACCUAUGCUUCGAGUACUGCGACUACGACCUCAAAAAGUACAUGAAGUCGCUGCAGUACAGGUUGAGCGCCGCCUGCAUCAAGUCGUUCACGUACCAAAAGAUCCCCGGGCUCAAAUGGUGCCACUCGCACCGGAUCUUCCACCGCGACCUCAAGCCGCAGAACGUGCUCGUCGACCCGAAGCGCGGCACGCUCAAGCUGGCAGACUUUGGGCUCGCGCGCGCCUUCACCGUGCCGCUGCGCACGUACACGCACGAGGUGGUGACGCUCUGGUACCGCGCGCCGGAGAUCCUGCUCGGCGCCAAGCAGUACUCGUGCCCCGUCGACAUCUGGUCCGUCGGCACCAUCAUCCCGGAGAUGGUGACGGGCCACCCGCUCCUGCCCGGCGACUCGGAGAUCGACGAGCUCUUCAAGAUCUUCCGGCUGCUCGGCACCCCGACCGAGAACAUGUGGCAGGGCGUCUCUCAGCUCCCCGACUUCAAGUCCAACUUCCCGAAGUGGAGCCCAAAGACGAUGCGCGAGGCGAUGCCGCACCCGGACCGGCUCGACGACAACGGCGUCGACCUGGUCGCGCAGAUGCUCGCCUAUACGCCCAACGAGCGCAUCGUCGCCAAGGACGCGCUCAACCACCCCUACUUCGCGGACCUCAACAAGGAGACCGUCGGCACGAUCCCGCUCCCGUUGUAGCGGCCCUCGCCGCCGCUCGCCGCUCGCCGCUCGUCUUGGAGACGCGGCCGUGCGCGGCGCGCGAAACCCGUACGACUGAGCUCGGCCCUUGCCGAGCGCCGCAAUAGCUGCGGCACGAGACAACAACCGAACGCGUGCCCUCGACUCUCGUAAUUACAAUCUCGUGUAUCUGUCGCGCCCCCGCAUCCCUCGAGCGGGCCAGAGAACAAAUGUGUCUGCAUAUACACUGCAGUGUCGUGUAAGCAUCCGUAUUGUGGUGCAUCCCCGUUGCAUUGAGCAUGUAAUCAUAC